GAUCAUGCCAUUGCACUCCAGCCUUGUCAACAGAGCGAGACUCCGCCUCAUUAAAAAAAAAAAAAAAAAUUAGCCGGGCGUGGUGGCAGGCACAUGUAGUCCCAGCUACUAGGGAGGCUGAGGCAGGAGAAUGGUGUGAACCAGGGAGGCGGAGCUUGCAGUGAGCUGAGAUUGUGCCACUGCACUCCAGCCUGGACAGAAAUGCAUUUCAUAAUGCAUUUUAAUUGCAUUAGCAGUGAUUUAAUUUUUUUAGAUGCUAAACCUUAUGGGUGAAAGUGGAUUAAAUGUAGCCAAAUGCAACAUCAAAAUCUUCAGGCACAAAAACCCAUUAACUUUUUUCAUACUCUCAGAAGAUGAACCUAAUUUCAAAUGAAAGCUGUCUCCAGAAUAUAUUGUUAAGCGUAUUCUAGAUAUAAUUCAUUUUGGCAAACAUACUGUAGAAAUUCACAUAACAUUUUACUGUACUAAAAGUAAAUUGCCCAUGUAACAAAAAAUAUCUUUUCAGAGCUUCAAAUGAAUUUUAAAGGAUGACUGACGGUCCUUGGAAGAGAAACAGUAAACAAAUAAGGUUUCAGGCACAGAACUGUAUAUCCAAUAAUAGUGAAAUGGAUCCCACUAAUUAUGACCGAAAUGAUGAUACAUUUAAAUGACUUGGAUGUUUUAUAGGUUGGCACUCAUGAUGAGCCCCUGUUCUCAUUCUGCAAAUGGUGAAGCUCUCUAUUGUCCUGACCCCACAGUUCCUGUCCCAUGACCAGGGCCAGCUCACCAAGGAGCUGCAGCAGCACGUAAAGUCAGUGACAUGCCCAUGCGAGUACCUGAGGAAGGUUAUCAAUACUCUGGCUGACCAUCAUCAUCGUGGGACUGACUUUGGUGGAAGUCCUUGGUUAGGUAUCAUUAUUGAAUUUCCGAGAAGUUAUAAAGUUGUCAUUACCCUCUGGACAGUUUACCUUUGGGUGUCUUUCCUGAAGACUAUCUUCCAGUCUGAAAAUGGACAUGAUGGAUCCACAGAUGUACAGCAGAGAGCCUGGAGGUCCAACCGCCGUAGACAGGAAGGAAAUAAAAUUGGCCUGAAAGACGUCAUUACUCUAUGGAGACAUGUGGAAACAAAAGUUAGAGCUAAAAUCCAUAAGAUGAAGGUGACAACGAAAAUCAACCAUCAUGACAAAAUCAAUGGAAAGAGGAAGACCGCCAAAAAACAGGCAAUGUUUCAACGGGCGCAAGAGUUGCGGCGGCGGGCAGAGGACUACUACAAAUGCAAAAUCACCCCUUCUGCAAGAAAGCCUCUUUGCAACUGGGUCAGAAUGGCGGCAGGGGAGCAUCGUCAUUCUUCAGGAUUGCCAUACUGGCGCUACCUCACAGCUGAAACUUUAACAAACAGGAUGGGCCACCAGACACCUCCCUUAGCUACUCAGGAGGCUGAGGCAGAAGAACCACCCAAACCCAAGAGGCGGAGGGCCGCUGAGGUGAAACCAUCAUCACCCGAACCCAAGAGGCAGAGGGCCGCUGAGGUGAAACCAUCAUCACCCGAACCCAAGAGGCGGAGGGCCGCUGAGGUGAAACCAUCAUCACCCGAACCCAAGAGGCGGAGGGCCGCUGAGGUGAAACCAUCAUCACCCAAACCCAAGAGGCAGAGGGCCGCUGAGGUGAAACCAUCAUCACCCAAACCCAAGAGGCGGAGGGCCGCUGACGUGGAAUCUUCAUCACCCGAACCCAAGAGGCGGAGGACCGCUGAGGUGAAACCAUCAUCACCCAAACCCAAGAGGCGGAGGGCCGCUGAGGUGAAACCAUCAUCACCCAAACCCAAGAGGCGGAGGGCCGCUGAGGUGAAACUAUUAUCACCGAAACCCAAGAGGAGGAGGGACGCUGAGGUGAAACCAUCAUCACCCAAAUCCAAGAGGCGGAGGGCCGCUGAGGUGAAACCAUCAUCACCCAAACCCAAGAGGCAGAGGGCCUCUGAGGUGAUACCAUCAUCACCCAAACCCAAGAGGCGGAGUGCCGCUGAGGAGAAACCAUCAUCACCCAAACCCAAGAGGCAGAGGGCCACUGAGGUGAAACCAUCAUCACCCAAACCCAAGAGGCGGAGAGCCGCUGUCAUGGAACCUUCUUCACCCGAACCCAAGAUGCGGAGGGCUGCUGUCGUGCAACCUUCAUCACCCGAACCCAAGAGGCGAAGGGCCGCUGAGGUGGAACCAUCAUCAACCAAACCCGAGAGGCGGAGGGCCGCUGAGGUGGAACCAUCAUCACCCAAACCCGAGAGGCGGAGGGCCACUGAGGUGAAACCAUCAUCACCCAAACCGAGGAUCACUGAGGUGAAACCAUCAUCACCCAAACCCAAGAGGCGGAGGGCCGCUGAGGUGAUACCAUCAUCACCCAAACCCAAGAGGCAGAGGGCCACUGAGGUGAAACCAUCAUCACCUGAACCCAAGAGGCGGAGGGCCGCUGACGUGAAACCAUCAUCACCUGAACCCAAGAGGCGGAGGGCCGCAGACGUGGAAUCUGCAUCACCUGAACCCAAGAGGCGGAGGGCCACUGAGGUGACACCAUCAUCACCCAAACCCAAGAGGCGGAGGGCCGCUGAGGUGAAACCAUCAUCACCCAAACCCAAGAGGCAGAGGGCCGCUGACGUGGAAUCUUCAUCACCCGAACCAAAGAGGCGGAGGGCCGCUGAGGUGAAACCAUCAUCACCCAAACCCAAGAGGCGGAGGGCCGCUGAGGUGAAACCAUCAUCACCUGAACCCAACAGGCGGAGGGCCGCUGACGUGGAACCUUCAUCACCUGAACCCAAGAGGCGGAGGGCCGCUGAGGUGAAACCAUCAUCACCCAAACCCAACAGGCGGAGGGCCGCUGAGGUGAAGCCAUCAUCACCCAAACCCAAGAGGCGGAGGGCCGCUGAGGUGAAACCAUCAUCACCCAAACCCGAGAGGCGGAGGGCCGCUGACGUGGAACCUUCAUCACCCAAACCCAAGAGGCGGAGGGCCACUGAGGUGAAACCAUCAUCACCCAAACCCAAGAGGCAGAGGGCCGCUGAGGUGAAACCAUCGUCACCCAAACCCAACAGACGGAGGGCCGCCGAGGUGAAACCAUCGUCACCCAAACCCAAGAGGCGGAGGGCCACCGAGGUGAAACCAUCAUCACCCAAACCCAAGAGGCGGAGGGCCGCUGAGGUGAAACCAUCAUCACCCAAACCCAAGAGGCGGAGGGCCGCUGAGGUGAAACCAUCAUCACCCAAACCCAAGAGGCGGAGGGCCCCUGAGGUGAAACCAUCAUCACCCAAACCCAAGAGGCGGAGGGUCGCUGACGUGGAAUCUUCAUCACCCGAACCCAAGAGGCGGAGGGCCGCUGAGGUGAAACCAUCAUCACCCAAACCUAGGAGGCGGAGGGCCGCUGACGUGGAAACAUCAUCACCCAAACCCAAGAGGCAGAGGGCCGCUGAGGUGAAACCAUCAUCACCCGAACCCAAGAGGCAGAGGGCCGCUGAGGUGAAAACAUCAUCACCCGAACCCAAGUGGCGGAGGGCCGCUGAGGUGAAACCAUCAUCACCGAAACCCAAGAGGCGGAGGGCCGCUGACGCGGAACCUUCAUCACCCGAACACAAGAGGAGGAGGGCCGCUGAGGUGAAACCAUCAUCACCCAAUCCCAAGAGGAGGAGGGCCGCUGAGGUAAAACCAUCAUCACCUGAACCCAAGAGGCGGAGGGCCGCUGACGUGGAAUCUUCAUCACCCGAACCCGAGGCGGAGGCCGCUGAGGUGAAACCAUCAUCACCCGAACCCAAGAGGCGGAGGGCCGCUGAGGUGAAACCGUCAUCACCUGAACCCAAGAGGAGGAGGGUCGCUGAGGUGAAACCAUCAUCACCUGAACCCAAGAGGCGGAGGGCCACAGACGUGGAAUCUUCAUCACCUGAACCCAAGAGGCGGAGGGCCACUGAGGUGACACCAUCAUCACCCAAACCCAAGAGGCGGAGGGCCGCUGAGGUGAAACCAUCAUCACCUGAACCCAACAGGCGGAGGGCCGCUGAGGUGGAACCUUCAUCACCUGAACCCAAGAGGCGGAGGGCCACUGAGGUGAAACCAUCAUCACCCAAACCCAACAGGCGGAGGGCCGCUGAGGUGAAACCAUCAUCACCCAAACCCAAGAGGCGGAGGGCCGCUGAGGUGAAACCAUCAUCACCCAAACCCAAGAGGCGGAGGGCUGCUGAGGUGAAACCAUCAUCACCCAAACCCGAGAGGCGGAGGGCCGCUGACGUGGAACUUUCAUCACCCAAACCCGAGAGGCGAAUGGCUGCUGAGGUGAAACCAUCAUCACCCAAACCCAAGAGGCGGAGGGCCACUGAGGUGAAACCAUCAUCACCCAAACCCAAGAGGUGGAGGGCCGUUGAGGUGAAACCAUCGUCACCCAAACCCAACAGACGGAGGGCCGCCGAGGUGAAACCAUCGUCACCCAAACCCAAGAGGCGGAGGGCCGCCGAGGUGAAACCAUCAUCACCCAAACCCAAGAGGCGGAGGGCCGCUGUGGUGAAACCAUCAUCACCCAAACCGAAGAGGUGGAGGGCCGCUGAGGUGAAACCAUCAUCACCCAAACCCAAGAGGCGGAGGGCCCCUGAGGUGAAACCAUCAUCACCCAAACCCAAGAGGCGGAGGGUCGCUGACGUGGAAUCUUCAUCACCCAAACCCAAGAGGUGGAGGGCCGCUGAGGUGAAACCAUCAUCACCCAAACCCAAGAGGCGGAGGGCCGCUGAGGUGAAACCAUCAUCACCCAAACCCAAGAGGCGGAGGGCCGCUGAGGUGAAACCAUCAUCACCCAAAACCAAGAGGCGGAGGGCCGCUGACGUGGAAUCUUCAUCACCCGAACCCAAGAGGCGGAUUACCGCUGAGGUGAAACCGUCAUCACCCAAACCGAAGAGGCGGAGGGCUGCUGAGGUGAAACCAUCAUCACCCAAACCCAAGAGGCAGAGGGCCACUGAGGUGAAACCAUCAUCACCCAAACCGAAGAAGCGGAGAGCCGCUGUCAUGGAACCUUCAUCACCCAAACCCAAGAGGCGGAGGGCCGCUGAGGUGAAACCAUCAUCACCCAAACCUAGGAGGCGGAGGGCCGCUGACGUGGAAACAUCAUCACCCAAUCCCAAGAGGCAGAGGGCCGCUGAGGUGAAACCAUCAUCACCCGAACCCAAGAGGCGGAGGGCCGCUGAGGUGAAACCAUCAUCACCCGAACCCAAGUGGCGGAGGGCCGCUGAGGUGAUACCAUCAUCACCCAAACCCAAGAGGCGGAGGGCCGCUGAGGUGAAACCAUCAUCACCGAAACCCAAGAGGCGGAGGGCCGCUGAGGUGAAACCAUCAUCACCCAAACCCAAGAGGCGGAGGGUCGCUGACGUGGAAUCUUCAUCACCCGAACCCAAGAGGCAGAGGGCCGAUGAGGUCGAACCAUCAUCACCCAAACCCAAGAGGCAGAGAGCCGCUGUCAUGGAAGCUUCAUCACCCAAACCCAAGAGGCGGAGGGCCGCUGACGCGGAAUCUUCAUCACCCGAACCCAAGAGGCGGAGGGCCGCUGAGGUGAAACCAUCAUCACCCAAACCCAAGAGGCGGAGGGUCGCUGACGUGGAAUCUUCAUCACCCGAACCCAAGAGGCAGAGGGCCGAUGAGGUCGAACCAUCAUCACCCAAACCCAAGAGGCAGAGAGCCGCUGUCAUGGAACCUUCAUCACCCAAACCCAAGAGGCGGAGGGCCGCUGACGCGGAAUCUUCAUCACCCGAACCCAAGAGGCGGAGGGCCGCUGAGGUGAAACCAUCAUCACCCAAAUCCAAGAGGCGGAGGGCCGCUGAGGUGAAACCAUCAUCACCCAAACCCAAGAGGCGGAGGGCCGCUGAGGUGAAACCAUCAUCACCCAAACCCAAGAGGCGGAGGGCCGCUGACGUGGAAUCUUCAUCACCCGAACCCAAGAGGCGGAGGACCGCUGAGGUGAAACCUUCAUCACCCAAACCGAAGAGGCGGAGGGCUGCUGAGGUGAAACCAUCAUCACCCAAACCCAAGAGGCAGAGGGCCACUGAGGUGAAACCAUCAUUACCCAAACCCAAGAGGCGGAGGUUGAGUAAGCUGAGAACAGGCCAUUGCACUCAACCCUGAGCAAUAAGAAUAAAACUGAGUAGAAGAAAAUAAAAAAAUCAACAAAACAAAACCAAACCCACACUCCAAAAACAAACUAACAAA